UCUGUAUUGCUCUGAAAAGGUGUGGAAAAGGCCUCUUUAGCUUGGUGCAGGGCCCCGUCCUGAGAUACUGGUUAAAGCCAGCUAAACCCGUGAUGAGGGUGCUCAGGCGUUAAUGUGUGUGUGCGGAUCCAGACGCCUUCAGCGUAGUUUCACAGCAAACCAAUCGAGAGGAGGCAAAACAGUCGGUCCUCUCAAGUCUGAACACAGCGCUUCAGGGCAAAAAGGGAGCCCACAUUCUUCAUGGUCAGCAUUUGUCGAAUGCGAACAACGGGGCUGUGUCGCUUGGCUUAGAUUGUUUUCCCAUGCCGAAUGAUACCUGAGGAGAAAUCUCCGAGACACAGCCCUCCUAAUCAGCGUUACCUGUGUCGGUGCCAUACUAGCUGGUUUAGCUAGCCAGCUCCAUCAGCUACAGCUGGCAGCGGCGAACAAAGAAGAAGAAGCUAAAAAACAAGGUUUUGAGCAGCUUUGCUUUCGCUUAACGUCUGCCUAGCGUUUGAGGAGAAAGUGGGCACACCAGAAACUGUCAUGAUGUUUCCACAAUCCAGGCACUCAGCUUCAUCACAGCAGCUUAAAUUCACUACGUCAGACUCGUGUGACCGCAUUAAGGACGAGUUCCAGUUCCUCCAAGCACAAUAUCACAGUCUGAAGCUAGAAUGUGACAAGCUGGCCAGUGAGAAGUCAGAGAUGCAGCGUCAUUAUAUCAUGUACUAUGAGAUGUCAUACGGACUGAACAUUGAAAUGCACAAGCAGGCAGAGAUUGUGAAGAGAUUAAAUGCGAUCUGUGCUCAAGUCCUGCCUUACCUGUCUCCAGAGCACCAGCAGCAGGUCCUGGGGGCCAUUGAGAGAGCCAAGCAGGUCACCCCACCAGAGAUGAACUCUAUUAUCAGGCAGCUGCAGGCCCACCAGCUCUCCCAGCUGCAGGGUCUUGCUCUGCCCAUGACCCCUCUGCCUCUGGGGCUGAGUCAGCCGGCCGGUCUGCCUGCCGUCACAUCCAGCUCCGGCCUCUUCUCCCUCUCCAGCAUCCUGGCCUCACAGGCCCAGCUGGCCAAGGAAGACAAGAGCGCACGGGACGCUUCGGACAGCCACCGCGAAGAGGACGGAGACAAAUCCGACUAAACGACACCCUACUGUCCCCUCAUCCUCCGGCGCUUACUGUACAGUGGAGGCUGUCUGUCUUUCUGCCUUUCUUUCUUUCUUUCUUUCUUUCUUACUUUUUCUUUCUUUGGCACCCUACCUUGCUCCUCAUUGCUAUAAAUGACGGUUGUGUUUUUGACCCAGUAUCAUUCAUUCCACAUCAUUCCACUAGCUUUAUAUACCAGUCCACCUUUAUUGAUGUAUGCAAGUUUUGUUU